GCGAUCGACUAGGAUUGGAAAAGCCUCACAAAAACCCUCUUCCAUUGCAUUUAGAUAUUCGAGUUCGAGCUCAUAGAAAGAAAACCAGAGCAGCCCCAAAAAAAAAAGUAGAAAAUGGGAUGUAGAUUAGGAAGACGAGUUGUCCGCUUCGCUAACCUUCCAAUCAAGCUACUAAUGCCAAACACCUUCACCAACAUCAAAGAAAUAGCGCUCAAAACCAUCCCAUCGGCAUCCAAGAUCGAGAUCAAACGCGUCCUUGAAUCCCUCUACGGUUUCGACGUCGAAAAAGUCCGUACUCUCAACAUGGAAGGAAAGAAGAAGAAACGCGGUGGUUUGUUAAUCGCCAGACCCGAUUAUAAGAAAGCUUACGUCACUUUGAGAACCCCGCUUUCCAUAUCCGAGAAUCUUUUCCCUAUUAAGGUUAUUCAAGAGGAAAAGGAAAGUAUUAAUAAGAAUAGUAAAAGUAAGAGCGUUGUGGAAGAAGGGGAAAAGAAGAAGCAUUGGCUUGACGGGAAGAUGAGGGAUGAUGGAGCAGAGAAAGGGAAGGGUAAGGGCUCUUACGUCUCGGGUCGUGGCGGCGGCAGCGGUGGAGAGGUGAAGUUUCCUUGGAGCAGCAUGAAGAGGGCUAAUUAGAUAGGUAGGGUUUUUGGGUUUUUUAGUUUUUUUAAAUAAAGAUUUGAAUGGAAAACUGGAGUAACCAUGUAGAAGGUAUUUUUCUUAACAUUAUUGAUGAAAAAUUAUUAAUUAUGUAUUCUAUUUAAGUAUUAUGAAAUGGGUUUAUUAUU